CGUUACCCAGAAAGCACAGCGAAGCAGGAACCUCAGAACUACAUUACCCAGGAAGCUUUGCGGCGGCCGAACGCUGUCGUGGCGUUUGAGCGGAAAGACUGGUGUGUGGCUCCCGAGGGCCGGCGGCGAAGAUGAGGAGGGCAGGGCUGGGUGAAGGAGCUGCUGGCGGCAAUUAUGGCUAUGCCAAUAGUGGAUACAGUGUGUACGAGGAAGAAAAUGAAAAGUUAACAGAAAGUUUGCGUUCAAAAGUCACUGCCAUUAAAUCUCUUUCCAUUGAAAUUGGAACAGAAGUGAAACAACAGAAUAAAUUACUAGCUGACAUGGACAAUGACUUUGAUUCAACAUCUGGUUUUCUUGGUGCAACUGUGGGAAGACUGAAAACCCUCUCCAGGGGAAGCCAGACAAAACUCCUAUGCUACAUGAUGUUAUUCUCCCUGUUUGUCUUUUUUGUAAUUUACUGGAUUAUUAAACUGAGGUGAUGCAGACACUUCCUAUGAGAUUAUUAGUGCCAUUCUGGACUCCUUGAUAGUCUUUGUGAGAAACUACAUUAAGGAUUAAUGCUUCUGGCUCUGUUUUGUACAUUUCUUAAUGUUUGUCAGACCAGAAAUUUUUCUGUUUAAAACCCUUAUUUUUUAGGGUUCCUUCAGAUAGAAUUAGCUCAAAUGCAAGAACUUUAUGUAAACAAAAAUUAGUUGGGGAUGAAAUACAUUGUUAAUACUGUAAAGAAAAGCUUUUUCCUAUUCAAAUGCAAUGUCUACUUUGUAACUAUUAUUGCUUUUUCUAAUAAUUGCUUCCAAUAAGAAGCACUCUUACUACAUUGUGUUUAUGUAUGUGAUAUAUAGGAAAAAAGAACAUAUGUAAUCCUCUCAGAGCAAAAUACUUUUAAGACUCACUAAAAGAAAAAUUAAGUAUGUGCCCAACUUUACCUGGAUUGUAUCUACAGCCACUUGCAGUUAAAAUAUUAAUUGGAACGUUUCAAAAAUUACUGACUUUUCUAAUUACUUAAUGUGAUGGGAGGGGGUUGGGGAGAAGUUAUAUAUUGGUGGGGUGGGAUUAAAAAUAUAUAUAUAUUUGGCCAAACUCAGAGGUUGGCCAAGCUCACUAACAGUGGCCCUGGAAGUGGACCUCACCCUCUUGUGGACCCAUUUGGUUCUUUUGAUCAAGUCAUCAUGCUUGGUUCUUGGUAUGAGACUAGGUUUUUAUAUCUAGUGCUGAUAAAGUGGGGCUUGUACUGUCCAUUUGACGGCACUGUUGCAGGGCAUGUUAGUUCUGUGCAUUUCUUUAGGUCUGGCAAAUAGCAAACAAAAUUAAUGCUGCAGUACUUAUGUCUUCAACUGGAUUAGAUUAUUGUUAAUUAUUCAUUGAUUUGUUUGUUGAUAUACAAUAUUCAGAGCCUUUUUAAAAAGAUCGAGCUGGAGUAUUAGAGGUUUGGUAUUAAAGGGCAUUGUGAUGCCUCUUAAUUAGAGACAGUGCUAUUGUGGUACCCACUGGAAGCCUUGGAACCACAUCAAAUUGCAAAUAAUGGCACAAACAGUGCCAUUUUAUUUACGCGGGAUAAAAUGGUCUUUUUUAAACUAGAAUGCUUAGAUCAGAAUUUACCUUCAAACAAGGGAGGAAAGACAUUUGAGGAUGCUGAGACUGCUAGGGACCUUAGUCCUGAGAAAGUGUGAGUGUUCAUAAAUGUGAAAAUUAGCUUUCUGGAGAGUCGAGCUAGACAAGUGAGGCUGCUGCAGUUAGGUUUUUUCAGCUGGUCUCCCCAUCUAACAGUUUUGGGGGAGACCAACAAGCAGAGUGUAGCAUGAUUCUGGAAUUCUACACUUCACUUGUGAAUAUUCUUUAGAGAAAAAUGUAAAGGCAAUCACCAUAUUAGAAAAUGAUGUCCUAAAUUCUUUCCCUUGUCCAAACCUGUUUGCCCAUUAUGUGAAAGCCAAUUUAGUCUGCCUUUCCCAAGUGAAAACCAGAUUCUGUUGUUGGAAUCAUCUCUACUGCAAAAGAGCUUUCCCUCAUGGAGCAAGAUCUUGUAGUGCACCUGAGAUAUGAUCAGCCUCAGAAUUUUCUUAGCAGGUGCUAAGAAGGGGGAUCAGGACAUCAAAAUCAACCAUUUCCUGAGCUAUUACACUGCUCAUUUGACAAACUUCGACGUAAAAGUACAUCAGUUCCUCUGUACUCAUGUGGAACCACAAGGAUGUUUCUCUUUAUUCUUUUGUAUUUAUACUAAAGUGCUUUAGGACUUCCUUCCAGAGGGAACAUUCAAUGUUUUAUUUUUUAAGUUUGGUAUUUCAUGAUUUGUAGUUUACUAAAAUAAAAACAAAGCAUGUAUGAAAGUUUUUAAGAAUGUCUUUCCCAAUAUGAUGCCCCAUUGUUUUAACAAUAAAUCUGUUAUAAAACUGUUA